CACGAUGGCACGCAAAAGAAAGCUCUCAGCGACUUCCGUCAGCGCCAUGGAUACGUCUCGAUAUAGUGCUUUCGAUCGCGAAGACAACGGUACUGGGGUCAGGAUCACCAGCACCGUGAAAGCCUUCUUCGAGAGCAUAGCUGGCUCCGCUCCUGAUCCGACCAAUCCAGUCAUCAACGGUGCCUCGGUCCAGUCGCGACCCUUUCUGGCGAGAGUCCUGGCCGAUAUUGCAUCUCAAGCACCUCGCUUGGGAGAGAACAUUGGUUUGAUCCAUUCGUUGGUCGAUACAAAACUAUUCGAUGGCGGACUCGUCGAUGACCGACAAUACCAGAUGGAGAAGAUUCUUCAGCUGGCAGCUUCUUUGCCUGCUGGCUCAAAAGCGCUUGAUGAUCUGACAGGACAGUUCAUCAAGCUGCUCUGGGAGAACCUUGAGCAUCCACCUCUCUCAUACCAGGGGAAUGAGUACAAGUACCGUACUGCUGAUGGCUCGAACAACAACAUCAUGUACCCUCACCUCGGUAAGGCUGGCUCAUCUUACGCACGCACGGUUACUCCUCAGACCCUCCAGCCUGGGGUGCUUCCGGAUCCAGGAGUCAUCUUUGAUGCUGUGUUCGCACGUGGCGACGAGCCUCGAGAGCAUCCAAACAAAAUCUCGAGCAUGUUGUUCUACCUUGCCACUAUCAUCAUUCACGAUUGCUUCCAUACGGAUGAACGGGAUCAUGCCGUUGUCAAGACAUCCUCAUAUCUGGACCUGGCGCCACUCUACGGCAGCAGCGAAGAUGACCAAAAGAGGAUCAGGACUUUCAAAGACGGUCUGCUGAAGCCAGACACAUUUUCAGAAAACCGCAUUCUGGGCUUUCCGCCCGGUGUUUGUGCGCUUGUCGUCUGCUUCAAUCGCUUCCACAACUACGUUGCGAUGCAGCUGAAAGAGAUCAAUGAAGGAGGACGAUUCAAGAUCCCGAAGGAUGAAAAUGAUACCCAGGGCAUCUCUCAGUUGGAUAAUGACCUCUUCCAGACAGCUCGACUGGUCACUUGCGGCUUGUACGUCAAUAUCAUCCUCAACGACUACGUGAGAACGAUUCUCAAUCUCAACCGUACCGACUCCACGUGGACACUUGAUCCACGCAAGAAUUUCGGUGACGUCUUUGACGAAGCCGGAGUGCCUUCUGGCGUAGGUAAUCAAGUCAGUGUCGAGUUCAACCUGAUCUACAGAUGGCACUCGGCUAUCAGUGUCAAGGACGAAAAAUGGUCCAACGAGCUGUACCAGUCUCUGUUUCCAGGAAAGGAUAUAGCGACAGUAAGCGAGCACGACCUAGUCAUGGCGCUGCACAAGUGGCUUAAAAGUGUCGACCAAGAUCCAUCCAAAUGGGACUUGGAUAUGGGCAAAUACAAAAGAACUGAUCGCGGCACUUUCCGUGACGAAGAUCUGAUCAGUAUCUUGAGUGAUGCUUCCGAGGAUGUCGCGUGUGCCUUUGGACCGCGAAACGUCCCGGUCGUUAUGAAACUCAUCGAGACUCUGGGUAUAAAACAAGCUAGGGCAUGGAACGUGGCCACCCUCAACGAGUUCAGGAAGUUCUUCAAGCUGGAGCCCCACAAGACUUUCAGCAGCAUCACUAGGGACGAUGAAGUCGCUCGCUCGUUGAAAGCGCUCUAUGGACACCCUGACUAUGUUGAAUUGUAUCCUGGCUUGAUCGCUGAAGAUGCGAAAGAACCACUGGAGCCAGGUUCUGGUCUUUGUCCAGGCUACACGAUUUCAAGAACCAUCCUCGCCGAUGCCGUUGCUCUUACAAGAGGCGACAGAUUCUACACUGUGGACUAUACUCCGGCCAAUUUGACAAAUUGGGGCUGGGCCACUGUCAACUCUGACCCCAGCGUCGCCCAAGGGGGCUGCAUGUACAAGCUGUUGAUGCGCGCUUUGCCUUUCUACUACCGUGGAAACUCGGUGUAUGCAAUGUUUCCGUUCACUGUCCCUGGAGAGAACCAGAGAAUCUUGGCGAAAGUUGGAAAGGAGCAAGACUACAACUUUGAGCGACCUUCUUAUGUCGGACCGCCCAUCUCGAUCAGGUCAUGGAAAGCAGUGACUGAAAUUCUUGGAGAUCAGGCCUCUUUCAAAGUGCCAUGGGGUCCGCACACAUAUUAUCUCACGCAUCAUGAUUACAUGCUGAGUGGUGAUGAGCCGGACAAUGCAGCUCAGCGAAAAGAAGUCCAGAAGGAUAUCUAUUGUCCAGUCAAUGGGCUGAGGCAGAUCCAGACCUUCUACGAGGAUCUUACGACCCAACUGGUUGUCGUGCGAUCCGAACGCCUGCGCGGAGAGUGGUACCAGCUGGAUGCUUGUAACGACGUUGCUAAUCCUUCUCACGCAAUAUUCGUCGCUCGUUUGUUUCAUCUGCCACUGAAGAAGCAUGGAGACUUGAACCCAGCGGCAGUUGAGGUGGAUCAACUUUACCUUGCGCUAUCGGUGCUGUUCGCCUACGUCUUCCUGGAUGGUGAUACGGCUAGCUCAUUCAAAUUGAGAGCCGGAGCAAAGACGGCAACCGAUCAACUGGCCAAACUUGUUAAGCUCGUCUGCGAAGCUGUUCAAGUUGGAGGAUUUUUCCACCUUGGUGAGCUUUUCCCAAUGGGCCAAGCUGGUCAGCUUCUGGAAGACUAUGGUAUCAGGCUGCUGAAACGCCUGCUUGAAGGCGGGAAAUCUGUCGAUGAAGUUGUUUGGGAAAUCAUCCCUACCGCCGCAGCUGCAGUUGCGACGCAAGCACAGCAUUUCACGCAAAUGUUGGACGUUUAUCUACAAGAUGAGUAUGGCGAGCACUGGCCAGAAAUCCAAAGGUGCGCAUGGUCGGAGAGUCCGGAGGACUUUGAGAAGCUCAAAGGCUACGCCCUUGAAGCCAAUCGUCUAUCACCGGCGGCGUUUGGCUUGCUUCGCAAGGCGGCGGUAGACAAGACUGUCGAUGAUAAUGGCACCAAAGUGCAGAUCAAGGCUGGUGACCAGAUCUACACCGACUUUAUCACAGUUGGCCUUGACGAGAAGGUGUUCCCUAAUCCGAAGAAGAUCGACCCUACCCGCGAGCGGUCAUUGUACAUCCACCAUGGAUGGGGACCUCACUCAUGCCUCGGUCGCCCUAUCGCGGAAAUCGCCAUGGCGGCCCAACUCAAGGUUUUUGCCAAGUUGAAGAACCUCCGACGAGCACCAGGCCCUCAAGGACAACUGAAGAAGACCAUUCCAGUGCCCAAUCCAACCAGCAGCGACCCGAAACCCAACCCGGCCAGCGUUGCUGCAUUCAUGUUGGAAGACUGGAGUUCAUGGUAUCCUUUCCCAACUACACUCAAAGUCCACCAUGAAGGACUGUCCAGGGAUCAGUCUGAGCAGCUGGCAGGCGACACCGGAGUGCCCGGUAUCCAAGCAGACAUCAUGGAGAGCGACAUGGCUGCCAGCAAUGGUGUGAACGGAGACCAUAUGGAGGAAGACACAGCCUAAUUUUGGCGUUGGGAACAUCUAAUGAUGUUUCAUUUGAUUUCGAGCGAGAAUGGGCAAAUUGCAACAUUGUGUGAAAGAGGGAUGGACAGAGCAAAAAGCAGAUGAUGGUAAUGAGUAAUGGGUAGUAGGAGCGGAGGUUCAGAUCAUCGGCCACAGUCCUUGAAGAUUUUCAUGAUCCCUACAGAAUGAAUAGCCCAACUGGUAAUAUAUUGGCAGCAAGCGUG